UUAUUUUUUAUAUAGAAGAUAUAUAAAUGUUCCACAACUCUGGAGUAAGCGAGGUACAGUGUCUUCGAUUUCUUCAGAACUGCUUGCGGAUCCAUUCUCUCAGCUUAUCAUGGCGGCGCCGGGUGUGGAGUGGCAUGUGCGACCUCCGAACCCUAAGAAUCCGAUCGUCUUCUUUGACAUUACAAUCGGCACCAUCCCAGCCGGGCGUAUCAAAAUGGAGCUGUUUGCUGAUAUUGCCCCCAAAACUGCCGAAAACUUCAGGCAACUCUGUACUGGCGAGUACAGAAAAGCUGGACUUCCUGUUGGCUACAAAGGCUCUCAGUUUCACAGGGUCAUUAAAGAUUUCAUGAUUCAAGCUGGUGACUUUCUCAAGGGUGAUGGUAGUGGUUGUGUUUCCAUCUAUGGGCAUAAGUUUGAUGAUGAGAAUUUUACUGCUAAACACACUGGUCCUGGCCUCUUAUCAAUGGCAAACAGUGGGCCAAAUACCAAUGGAUGUCAGUUCUUCAUUACUUGUGCUAAAUGUGACUGGUUGGAUAACAAGCAUGUUGUUUUCGGGAGAGUACUUGGAGAUGGUCUUUUGGUAGUGAGGAAGAUUGAGAAUGUGGCUACUGGUCCCAACAAUAGGCCUAAACUUGCAUGUGUCAUUGCUGAAUGUGGGGAGAUGUAAAAAAACUUGUGGAAAUUACACUAUACAUGAUAUUUUUUGCCACUUAACUUUUUUUUUUUAUGGGAAUCUGCAUUUGUUAUUGUUUC